AAAAAGGACAGGCAAAAUUAUGCGCAUGCGUUUAAAAAUUGCGCGUAAAAUUCGCAUUGUUAACCUACCAAUGUUUUGUCAUCCAAGCAUUUUGAGAUGAUCUUAAAUGAAAAGUUAAUUAUUACUCAAAAUAAUAAAUGAACGCAGUAAUAACAAAGGUGUAAUUAACAAAAACUAACCUGUAAAAAGUAACAAAGAUUAUUUUGUAGUUUUUCAAAAACAAACAAGAUGUCUAAAGAUAUAAGAUCAUUUCUGAUAACAAAGGGAAAUACUCAAAAUCUCAAUGACGUAAAAGUUAAGAAAACACGUCCAAUCACUUUUUCAGAUGAGGAAGAUGAAAGUCCUUGCAAGGGAACAAAUGCAAAAGUUAUUGAUGUUACGAAAGCAAAGGAUAAUUAUAGCAAAUCUCGUUUAAAAAAACGUACCAUUUCGUCUGAUGAAGAAGAGGAAGUCCCGAACAAUCUAAAAAAUAAAAAAGCAAAAUUAUCAGAUAAACAUAAGAUCAAUUAUGAGGAAAUACUUGAAGAGAUAUAUGACUCUCCUGCAGAGUUAUUAAGAAACAAACCGAUAAAUAGAGCUAAAGCUCAAAAAUUUACAAGUAAAAAAGCCCGAGAGUCCAAGAAAAAUUCCAAAGAUUCCUAUCUCGAAAAAUUCAUUGGUGAAGAUGAUGAUUUUGAUGCUACCUUGAAUCAACUUGAUACAUCACAGGUUGAGGAGGAAUAUUUGUCAAGUAUCAAAUCUGAAACAUCAUCAUUUUUUAAAAGUAAUGAUAAAGAUGCUCAGAAAAAAGAAAAAGAACAUUCCAGCACUGAGGUUAAAACCAAAAUAGAUAAGAUCAAUGUUUUUGAUACUAAAGAAGAAGAAAAACAAGAAAAUUUUGUAGAGUCAAAAGAUAAAGUAUCUCCAACUAAAAACAAAAAAGAGGAUAGAAAUCAUCAUGAAAAACAUAAUUAUGAAAAAGAAAAAGAUUUUCAUCUUAAAAAAUCAAAGAAAGGAAAAGAAAGCAAAGUCAAUACAAGCAGUACUGAAAAUAAUGAUACAAACUUUAAUGAAAUAAUUGAAGAAAAAAUAGAGAAAAAGAAAAUUGCUGCAAUUAUGUAUCAAAAGUAUUUGCACAGAGGAGGUGCUAGAAAUCCAGGUUCUAAAGAAAUUCCACAAGCAGCUGAAAAUUGCCUUGCCAAUUUAAGUUUCCUCAUAACUGGGGUUCUCGAAUCAUUAGAACGUGAACAGGCAGAAGGAAUCAUUAAGCAGUAUGGUGGAAAAGUAGUCCAUUCAGUUUCAAGAAAAUUGAGUUAUAUUAUUAUUGGAGAUGAACCUGGACCUUCAAAGUUAACUAAGGCUGAAAGUCUUGGUAUCAAAAAGUUAAGUGAGAAUGACUUUUUGGAUUUAUUACGUUUAAGUCCAGCUGUAGAUAGUAAUGCAAAAUCAUCAAUUACAUCUGAUAGUAAUAUUAAACGCAAAAGAGAAGAGUCCAGUUUUAAUAAACUUCCUAGUCUUGAGAAAUCCAAGAAGAGUAAGGAAGAACUACUUUCAACAGAUAAACAGGAAAAUCCUGAAAAUAUCAAAAUAAAUAAUAAAGAAGAUUUAUCUUCAAAAGAAAAAUAUCACAGUUCUGAAAAAACAAAAGCAACAGAAGAUUUAGCUUUUAAAGUAGAUAAAGAAAAAAUUAAUGCAUGUUCUCAAAAGAACUUGAAACAUAUAAAAUCAACAGUCAAUGAAGAGCAAUCUUCAAAUGUGAAAAAUGAAAUACAACCUAGUACUUCAUCUAUUUUUAAUGAUAUAACAAAUAAUUUACAAGAUGGUGUUGACCAACUCACAGCGUUAGUUGAAAAAUACAGACCUACAGAAAUGAAACAGAUCAUAGGUCAAACUGGAGAUAAGAGCAAUGCCAAUAAACUAUAUGCAUGGUUGAAAAAUUGGCAUAAUAUUCAUGGUAAAAAUUCAAAAGUUUCAAAACCAAAAACAUCAUAUCGAGAUGACUCUGGUACUAUAUAUAAAGCAGCUUUAUUAUCUGGACCACCUGGCAUUGGUAAAACUACAACAGCAUAUGUAGUUUGUGCUAAACUAGGAUAUGAAGUCUUGGAGUUUAAUGCUUCUGAUACAAGAAGCAAGAAACUUUUGCAGGAAGAAAUUUCAGGUAUCAUAUCUAAUAAGACAGUGAAAUCAUUUAUAGAUAAAAGGCCAACCAAGCAGAAAGAUCCACCAAAACAUGUACUACUUAUGGAUGAAGUAGAUGGUAUGGCUGGAAAUGAAGACAGGGGUGGAAUGCAAGAAUUAAUUGCUUUUAUAAAAUCUACUGAAAUUCCAAUAAUUUGUAUUUGUAACGAUAGACAAAGUCCUAAAAUAAGAACAUUGGCAAAUUACACUUUUGAUCUACGAUUCCAAAAGCCAAGAUUGGAACAGAUUAGAGCUGCAAUGAUGUCACUUUGCUAUAAAGAAGGCAUCAAAGUAGAUUCAAAUGAAUUAACUAUGAUCAUUCAAUCAACAAAUCAAGAUAUUCGUCAAGUUAUUAAUCACAUAGUAGUAUUAUCAGCUAACUCUAAAUCAGUAAGUAAUAAUAGAAUAGGUAUUAAAGAUAAAAUGAAUUACAAGAAUUUGAGAUUAGGACCUUGGGAUGUUGUACGCAAAGUAUUUAGCGCAGAAGAACAUAAGACUAUGAGUAUUCAUGAUAAAAGUGAUCUCUUCUUCCAUGACUACAAUAUUGCACCAUUAUUUGUUGAAGAAAAUUAUCUUAUUGUUACACCAAAUGGUCCCAAGAAUCAGGUGUAUGAUAAAAUAGCUAGAUGCAGUGAGAGCUUGGCUUUUGGAGAUACAAUAGAGAAGAAUAUUAGAAGUAAUCAGGCAUGGAGUCUUUUGCCAGUACAGGCAUGCUUUUCAUCAGUAAUUCCUGGAUCAAUAAUGUCAGGAUUUAUUAAUUCUCAAAUAAAUUUUCCAAGCUGGCUUGGAAGAAAUUCAAAGACAAAUAAAUUUGACAGACUCUUACAAGAUAUUACUGUUCAUGCUCGUAUAACUACUGGAGCAAGUAAAGAAGCUAUAAACUUAGACUAUAUCAAAUUGCUUGUAGAUUCUAUUGUUAGGCCUUUAGCUUUAGAAGGUACUGAAGGUGUUGAAAAAGCUAUUAGUGUAAUGAAUCAAUAUCACCUUACAAGAGAAGACUUGGACUCGCUAGUAGAGAUUACAAAAUGGCCACAUACUCGAGAUCCCAUGCAAUCUGUUGACAGUAAAACAAAAGCUGCAUUUACCAAAGCUUACAACAAGACCGCAAUGUUUGCUGGUGUUAGUACUAUGAAAAAGAAAUCUUCUGAUAAUACUCCAGAAGAUGAAUAUGAUGAAAUUGAUAAAGAAUUAUCAGAUAAUGAUGUUGAAGAUGAGAAAAUUGAAAAUGAUAAACUUAUAAAAGCUAAAGCUUCAAAAGCAAAGGCUAAAGCAACAUCUGAAAAUAAACCUAAAGAAACUAAAGUUAAAACUAAGAAACCUGCUAAACCUGCAUCUCGAUCCAAAAAAUAGUAAUUAAAAUUGUACUGUAGUGUCUAGUAAUGUAAAUGUUACAAGAUUUUUUCUGUAUGUGAACGUUUACUGAACAUAUUGUAUUUUUGUAUUUAAAUUAUCAAGUGGUAAUAAAACUUAUUAUUUACGAAA